UGGAGCCGCUGACGUUGAGCAGCGACGCUUUGGAGAGAUACGAGGGGAGCGGACUGUUUGUUUUCAUUAGAGAACCGGCGCUAAUCGGAAGCUGCGACCCGUUCGUCUCCGUUGCCUCUCCUUCUUCACACUCUCUAGUGUCUGCGGGAAGUGUUUUCAUGCGGUGCGGCUCUCGGCGUGUGCGUGAACACUUCCAGCUGGCGGCUCGCAUCGGUUGGUCCGGAGGGUCAUCGUCCGCGACGAGACGCCCUCUGCUCCGUUAGAGGCGACGGGUUUGGGGGAAAAUGACCGGGGAAAAGGUUCGCUCCCUGCGCAAGGACCAAAGGCCGAGCAAGGACGAGGACCUCCUGGAGCCGGACGAGGAGGCGGCCACCGGGACCUUCGCCGCCUCCAAGACCAGUGGCAAGAGCCGAGCGAGCAAAAUCUUCAGCAAUCACAAGUUGAUCAAGUCGUCGUCCACGCAGCAGCAGCAGAACCAGCAGAUUAACGACAACACCAACGCGCUGUCCACAUCGGAUGUCAUCGAUGACAACAACAAGAACCCCAUCAUCCGAACCGGCCACGACUUCCCGGUGCACGAGUGCGUGUUUAAGGGAGAUGUCCGCCGCCUGUCCUCGCUCAUCCGGACGCAGAACAUCGCGCAGAAAGACGUGCACGGAAACACACCGCUGCAUCUCGCUGUCAUGAUUGGCAACAAAGAGUGUGCACACCUGCUGCUGGCCCACAAUGCACCAGUGAAGGUGAAGAACGCUCAGGGAUGGAGCCCCCUUGCAGAGGCCAUCAGCUACGGAGACCGGCAGAUGAUCACGGCGCUGCUGAGGAAGCUGAAGCAACAGUCCAGAGAGACUGUGGAGGACAAGAGGCCCAAGCUGCUGAAAGCCUUGAAAGAGCUUGGUGACUUUUACUUGGAGCUUCACUGGGACUUCCAAAGUUGGGUGCCUUUGCUCUCCAGAAUCCUGCCUUCAGACGCCUGUAAGAUCUACAAGCAGGGCAUCAACAUCAGACUGGACACCACCCUGAUAGACUUCACGGACAUGAAGUGCCAGCGCGGUGACCUCAGCUUCAUCUUCAAUGGAAACGCCAUCCCCUCCGAGUCUUUUGUCGUGCUGGACAACGAACAGAAGGUUUUCCAGCGGAUACACCACGAGGAGUCGGAGAUGGAGACGGAGGAGGAAGUUGACAUCCUGAUGAGCAGCGACGUCUACUCUGCCACACUCUCCACCAAGUCCAUCACUUUCUCCAGGGCGCAGACUGGCUGGCUGUUCAGAGAAGACAAGACGGAGCGCGUGGGAAAUUUCCUGGCAGAUUUCUACUCGGUGAACGGCCUGGUCCUCGAGUCCAGGAAGAGACGGGAGCAUCUGAGCGAGGAGGACAUCUUGAGGAACAAGGCCAUCAUGGAGAGCCUGAGCAAAGGAGGGAACCUCGUAGAGCAGAGCUUUGAGCCCAUGAGGAGACAAUCUCUAACCCCCCCGUCACCCAACACUAUAUCCUGGGAGGAAUACAUCGGUUCUGACAAUGGAAGAGCUCCUCAUCUGGGGCGAGAGCUGAUCUGCAAAGAGAGCAAGAAAAACUUCAAAGCCACCAUCGCCAUGAGCCAAGACUUCCCUCUGGGCAUCGAAUCGUUGUUAAAUGUCCUGGAGGUGAUUGCUCCCUUCAAGCACUUUAAUAAACUCAGGGAGUUUGUGCAGAUGAAGCUCCCCCCGGGUUUCCCCGUUAAACUCGACAUCCCCGUCUUUCCUACCAUCACGGCCACGGUGACGUUCCAGGAGUUUCGCUACGACGAGUUUGAGGCGCCCAUCUUUACCAUUCCCAGCGAGUAUAAAGAAGACCCCAGCCGCUUCCCUGACCUUUAACCUCUCCAUGCCGGGCAAAGGGAACCAACGUACAACCGGGGCAACAUACUGCUACGAGACAUGCUUUUAUAAAAACACGAAAAGGAGAAACUGAGGGAAAAACAAGUUCAUAGAUUUCAUCGGACGUCCAGACUCUGAUUACAAACCAACGAGCAGAGUUUGAUGAAGAUGACGGCGCUGACAGAGACGUCGGCACCUGGUGAGAGUCUCAUCAGUGAAGGGGCAUUGAAGUAGAGAUGAGUGAGGGCAGGGCAGUUGAGAUUCCUGGUCACGGGGGCGUGAGUAGCAGACGUGAGAAGACGACCGGCUCAGCUGAUUGGCCGUAGCUCCGACUGUACGUGAUGUUUAUAAAGCGACUGUGUUUACCUGACCUGUAGUGAGGCACUGAUGUUACUGUGUGACACGUCGAGGAGGAGUUUCACUAAAAACCUGUUUUUUUAACUUCUUUUUCCUACUGAAGUAAAAAAGAAAACUCUAAAGGUGCAAAGUCAUUUUAACUUUGUGAUAUUCGAUGUAAAGGUCAACAACAUAAAGCUGUACAAAGUCUAAUCCAUAUGUUUCAGACAGAUGUGGAGGGGAAUGGAAUCAUCCUCUUUUAAUUUUUUAACUCUCACUUCUCGAACAUCAUCAAAUGUUAAAGUUUUCCCAAAGAUAAACACUAAACAUUUAGGAUUCCAAAAAAUUGAAAGUCUGUUCAAGUCGAUCUUUUACUUUUGUAGGUUAAAGAACUUUAAAAAAAAUCUUCUUUUUCUUCAGUUCCACUUUAACCCUGCACAUUAUAAAGUUGUGAGUGUGUGUAACGAUGAUUUUCGUGGUAAUGGAAUACUACCACUGAGCUCCUUGGCACUAUUCAGAUCCACUACAGUGACUGCGUUCAGUUGACGUUAGACAAUGCUGCAGAAUUUGUUUUUUAAUGGUACCACAGAUUGUUUGGUUUUCUCUGUCUGAGAAGCGGCGAGCGAAAGUUAGAAUGUCGGGUGUUUUGUUUCUGACUUCACCUUUUUGUAAACUAUGUAACAAAGUGUACAACGAACGGACAUUGUACAGAUGUUAGCUGUUAGGGAAUGAAUGACAAAAACAUUCACGCCAUUUUUACACUUAAACCACAACCAGGAUUUUUCCUCCUGCACAAUAAGUAAAUACACGUUUUAUUGCUUUUGUCCUUUUAUGUUUUCUCAUGACUCGUGCUGUCUAGGAACCCGAGGGAGAGUUGUGGAAUUUCUUUUAUGUAGCGUCCCACAGGUCCAUUUACUUGGUUUGUAAACAUGGUGGCAGUUGCUAUUUUUGUACAUGUGUUUUAAAGAAACAAAAAGAAAAUCUGUCAUUUCUCCUGUCAUUUUUUUCCCCUCCUGAUAAAUUGUACGAGCCUCCUUCAGAUGUGUGGAUCCAAAAAUCACCUCCACCACGUGUAAAGCACAAAGCACCGAGGUUCUUAGAGAAGUGAGAGUGUGUUAAAGGCUGUGAGGCGUUCACUGGAGGCCGGGGCAAACCGGCACGAGGUCUGUGCCGGUGCUGCUGUGGUUCAUGAACUCUUGGUGAAGCUGAGACAAACAGAUGUUGGAGGAUGUUCUUCUUGCUCUCUGGUUCCUCAGCAGCAACAUUAAAAGAGCAACAUGCUUAUUUAUAUCCAUAUUCAGUGCAGCCAAAACUGUUGUAAAGUUCUGCAACACUAUUUUCAUAUAAAAUGUACUAAAAUAAAAAUUCCACAUAUCUAACUGAA